UCAUAGUUGAAUUUGUAUUUUUGUUGCUGUUAUUUUUAGUUUGCUUGUGUUUGUGCUUGUGCAACGAAAGUUUAACGCCUGAAAAAUACAACAAAAAAAUAAAUCUAAAUAAAACCAAAUACGAAAACAAAGUUGUGAAAAAUAUAUAUAUAUAUAUAUUUGAAGACGUGCCAAAGGCGAGGCGCCAAAAGUUUUGAAAAUCCCACCAGUAUGGGUAAGUCGAGCCGCUUGGGAGGCCAGCAUGCACAGUUGCUGAUGCUGCUGAUGCUGCAGUUGGGCACAAUUGCGGUUGGCGCAUUGCCAACUAUAAAGCAGCAGGGGCAGCUGGGUGGCGUCAAUUACGUGCAGCAGCUGGACAAAAGCUUCUUUCAGCCGCGCGAGGUGGAGCAAACCAUUGAUGAGGUGCAGAAAAUAUUGGCCAAUGAUCCAGCGCUGCCCAGGCUAACUCGCGGUGAGAUCGAAGAGCUGUACGAGAAGGUCACUCGCGAGGAGUACGAGAAGAGCAUCGAGGCGGGCGACAUGAGUCGCGCCGACAGCAUGCGAGCUCUGAUGCUGGUGCUGCCCUACAACACGGACAACAACACAGAGGAGAAUCUGCAGGAGCUGUACACGCGUCCGCCGGUCACUCGUGUCAUCGACGCUUAUACGCCGCCGAAUCCCAUUAAAUUCAUAACGCCCGAUCCGAAUGCAAUGCCGCGUAGCACGGUGCCCGGUGGCAAUCCGGCUGUGGCUGCCACCACCUACAAGCCCAUCUACAGCAGCCUGCAGAAGCAGCUGCUGCCGGCGCCCACGGCUACAACAUACCAUCCGCCAGCGCCAGCACCCGUCAUGUACCAGCUGACGCCGUCUCUGGGCAAGCCCAGCAUGGACUUCCAGCCGGUAACGAACGUGGCGCUGGCCUACGACUAUGCCAAGGCACAGGCAACAGCUGCGCCGCCUCGUGCCGCAGCCCAGACUGGUCAGCGCUUCAGCUCGCACUAUAGCGCCAAGAAUGCACAGUUUUUGCGGAAGCCGCUGCGGCCAGCUCAGGGGCAGGCCAUUGGGCACAGCAGCACAGUGAAGCCCGUGGCUGACAUACUGGAGAGUCUAGGCAUUGUGGGUGGCGCUGGAGCUGGCGCACAGAGCUCGCACAAGCGCUACGCCAUUGACGAUUACUAUCCGGCGGAGAGUGCACCGCAGCCCGUUGUCGCUGUGGCGGACUUGCGUGGACUGCAGGGCGCUCGCAUACGACCCGAUGCCUACUCCAACUUCAAGCCGCUUAACAUUGGCGAGGAGCUGCGUGUAAAGCCCGAGGUGGAGGGUUAUCUAACGCGCUUUGGCAUUGUGAAGAAGUCGCCCAAGGCAUUGAAGAAGUCUCAAGCGGCUGCCACGGCCACCGAGGAGCCAACGGGCGCCCACACAGAGCUAUCGACGGCAACUGCCAAGGUGCCGCCGCAGAGCAAUGCUGAGCUGGCCAAGCUGCUUGAAAAUCUGCAGGAACUGGAGCGCUUGCAGACGAAGGGUGCGCGGAAGACACCAAGCUCCACCAGCACCACCAGCACCACUAGCAGCACAACGACAACAACAACUACGACAACUACAGCAGCACCACCCACGUCGGUGCCGACGGCUCAGCUAAUCACCCAUGGUGCACCACUGCUCAUCGAGGCCAAGAAGCCACGUCGCCGCAUCGAUCCCAACAUCGAUAUCAAUUUCGCUAACAUGGACAACCAGCAGAAGACAGCCAGCGCAACGGACGAGCUAUCCAAGCUGCUGCAGAAUCUGCAGGAGCUGGAGAAGCUGAAGAUCAACCCAGAGAAUGUGCUGAAGACAGCGAGUCCCGGCACUCAGGCGCUUAGCAAUCGCUUUAGCGUCAGCGGCACCACCACCGCGCCAUCCACAACAACCACGCGCAGCACCACCACCACGCCGGCCAACAACGAUGCACGCGAACUGCAGCUCAUUCUACGCCAGCUACAGCAGCUGGAACAGUCGAAUGCCGUGCGCAAGCCCACAACCACCAGCACCACGGUGCGUCCGAAGCCGGCGCAGAGCUUCGGCUUGGGCUUGGGCUUCGAUGCGGCUCAGGCGAACGGAUUGGGAGCUGCUGAUCUGCUGCAGCUGCAGCGCUUACUCAGCGACGACAGAGAGCUGGAGCGGCUCUACGAGCAAGCGCGCAACAGCAAAAAGGCGGGUAAGAUCAGUGCCCCAGCAAAGUCGACGACGACAUCGACGACGACAACGACGACGACAACGACUACGCCGCGUCCCACCAAGGCGUCCGCCGCCGUGGAUCAUGCACAGUUUGAGGCAUUGAUAACGCGUGUGCAGCAACUGGAGCAGCUGCAGCAGCCAAAGCCGACCACGCCGGGCUUCAGCACACGUAAUGUGGCCGCCCAUGGAUUGGCAGCUAGCCUGAGCCUGCCCAGCAACGACUAUGCACAGCUGCAGCAGCUGGCGGGCACACAGCUAGCCUACGAACAGGAUCUGGGACAGGUGGAGAUCUCGACGGCUGCCUCAACGGGCAAGCAGCGACAGCGACCGCUCAACAGCUUCGAGCGUAGCAACGGCCUGCUGCAGGACGUGCAGCCGCAGGACUAUGUGCAGCUGCAGAAGCUGCUCAGCAAGGUGCAAGAGCUGGAGCGUGUGCAGCUGCAGGAGGCGCGCCCAACCACCAGUCAUCAGCUGGUCACAGCCGCCUCCGUACGCACCCAGAACGUGAAGAGCUUGAGCGGCGCACAGAUUGUCUAUGCGCAGCCGGCGGCGAUGUCCGAUUCCGAGAUGAAUCCCAAACUGGAGCUGCCAGUGUAUAAGCAGCCGGCCACGGCGAACACAACCCCAAUGCCAAGUGCAGCACACGACCUCAGCUCUAGCGAGGAGCUGCGUGAAUUUGCAAUGUCGCAGCCGGCCAAUCCGCAAAUGAACCACAAUCAGGGGCAAAAUCAGGACCAGCAGGAUUACAAGCAGUUCCAGCAGUUCUUCAGCAGCCUGGAGGACAAUGGCGAGCGUCAGAGCUAUCAGCAUAUGCAGCCCAUUUAUAAGACGGUGACGCCAGCGCCGGCAGCGAUUAGCCGACCUCAGCAGCCAGUGGCACAGACGGCAGCACCUGCACCACCAACGACACGACCGACGCCAAAGCAAUCCGAUUUGGCGGAGCUGCAAAAGUUGCUGUACAAUACGCAGCAGCUGCAGAAACUGGGCGUGGCGCUACCCAAUGAGCUAUCCCAGCAGCUGGAGAGUCAAUUCCAACCCAGCAGCAGCAGCACCACCACCACUACGACUAGCAGCACGACAUCAACAACCACAACAACGCCUCCACCACCCGCAUCUCCAUCACCCACGCACGACUCAUCCUCGCCAGCGGUAUUCUCGCUGACCACCAGUAAGCCAGCAUCGCCACGUCCUCCACGACCCAAUCCCACCACCGAGAGCAGCGUGGAGCUGCCCGUGUUCAGUGCCACAAAGAUUAUUGAGGCGGCCAUUAAGCGGGCGGCGAAUCGCAUUGGCGUGUCCACGGAGCAGCCAAUGAGUCUGGCUGCGGGCGUCGGCUUUCGGCGACGCAGCGAUGACGACAUGGACUUGGCCGCAGAGGAUGAGCAGGAUGGCGUGCUCGAUGGCGAUUUGAUGGCCGAGUUCAGUGAGCUCAACUAUCAGCUGGCCAAGCCCGAGCCGCAAGCCGAGGCCCGAGAGCAAGUGGAACUGGGUGACAAUCUUGGCGAGCUGCAGCGUCUCAUCAGCAACCUGCAGCAGCUGCAGCAGCUCAACGUGAGCCUGGGCCAGACGAGACCAGCUGCGUCGCUGCCAAGUCAAACGCAAUCGCAGUUGGAUGCCAACUAUCUGCAGUCGCUGCCACCGGGCGUCGAUAGUUUCAAGCCACGCAGACAGAGCGAGGACAACAGCAGCAGCACCACCUCAACCACUACUAGCACCACCAUCACAACUCCAGUUGAGUCGAAUGAUUCAGUUACAACGCAAUCGCCCACACGCAUUAGCCUGGAUCUAGGUCUAGGGGAUGCCGACACCGCCUCGCUAUCGGUUGGCGAUGGAGAUUUAGCCACAAGCAGCACCACUGAGUCGAGCAGCUCGUCGACCACAGAGGAGUCACGCAAUGGCUCGCUGGAUGAUCUGGCCAAUUCGUUUGGGCCCGAUCCGGUUGCACAGGAGCCGCCACCACCCAAAAAAAAGAAUGGCUUUUAUUUUCUAGCCGAUUGGAAUUCGUUCCUUGAAGUCGGCGAUGGCGACGAUCAGGUGGUGGUGCGUCUCAGUCCCAAAAUUGGCGAUCCCCGCGACUUUCUGGCCGUCUAGGCUGGCAGGUGCCAAUUAGCUGGCCGUGUAUAUAGUUCUUACCUAUACCGUUAACCAUAAACAUAUAAAAUCUCUAUCGUUAUUGUGUGAGCGUUGUAUUUAUUUUAGUCACUGGUUUUUUUUUGUAUCCUCCGCCGCCUAAGGACCUGUAUGCGGGUCGUAGUCAUAAGUUGGGGCCUAAGCCUAAGUUCUAAGAGUCAAUAACAAAUGAAAAAUAAAAAGAGAA